UCCCUCCCUCCUCCGCCCGCCCCUGAGGCAGGGACCGUGCAAAUCGAGGAGAGGGGGGGACGGAGCGGCCGGAUGGGGUCCAGCUUAGGACCCCGGACUCCUCACUGAUGCCCUGUCGGGGCUGAAUGUUCCCAGCAUCUUGGGACCUGGAUUUCUGUGAGCUGGGGUGGUUCCCAGACCAGGAGGGUCCCUCCGGCAGGCCCGUGGAGACCUCGUUUUCCAUCAGGACCCCCCUCGGAUGCUCUCAGCCACCCUCCUCAACCCGGAUCUAAAACCCGGGACACAGCUAUCAGGCCAGCCUCUCUCUCUCCACCCCACCCCCUCUUUCUGGCGUCCAUCCCCUCCCCAACACCACCUCUGCUGCUGCCUCUGGCUGUGGACCUGCACCUCUUCCUCGUCCCCGCCAGGUCCCGGGAGCAGGGUGAGCCUGGAUGAGAGCCCCCCCCCAACUGGGGCUCUCCCAGGCCAUGGCCCGGGUGCUCCCAGGGAGGAGCCCCGGACCCUGAGCAUCUGCUAGAGGCUUGGCAGAGGCCCCGCGGGGACCGUGUCUUCUGAGGACAAAAGGCGGCGGCCAGCAGGCAGACGGGGUGGGGGGGUGGGGGGAGGGGGACCGGCAGCCAGGUGGACAGACGGGCAGCAGGGGCCAGCUCUGGGCCCCCUCCCAGCUUGGCAGUGGCAUGAAGAUGGGGGUGGUAGUGUGUAAUGGGGGAAGCACCUACCGGGACCCCCACCUGCCAGCUAGUUGGGCACCCUAAGGCAGUAUGCUGCCCACUUGGUAUUCCCCAACACCCCCAGCCCUGCCUAGUGCACCCCUCCGGUGCCUGCUUCCCCUGAUGCCUGCGAUUUAGACCAGCCUGGCUGUAUCCACGGCAACAGAAGCGGGAGAGUCACUGGCCUCCAGAUCACAGAGGGUCCCACAAUGUGGCCUGGGCUGUGAUUUAUCCAUGGUGAGACAGCUUGAGCCCUCUUCCUGGAUUCCAAGACAGCCCUGCUGAGAAAAAGCCCAGGUACAGCCCACAGGACAACUGAUGGAGUCCCACAGGGCCCAUCGGGUACCAGCCCGGCUGAACCCAUAGGGUUGAGAGCGGCCCUUGCCCCCUCAGUAUGGCCAACACCACCGGAGAGCCGGAGGAGGUGAGCGGCGCCCUGUCCCCGCCGUCAGCGUCGGCUUAUGUGAAGCUGGUGCUAUUGGGACUGAUCAUGUGCGUGAGCCUGGCGGGCAAUGCCAUCUUGUCCCUGCUGGUGCUCAAGGAGCGUGCCCUGCACAAGGCUCCUUACUACUUUCUGCUGGACCUGUGCCUGGCCGAUGGCAUACGCUCUGCCGUCUGCUUCCCCUUUGUGCUGGCUUCUGUGCGCCACGGCUCCUCAUGGACCUUCAGUGCACUCAGCUGCAAGAUUGUGGCCUUCAUGGCCGUGCUCUUUUGCUUCCAUGCGGCCUUCAUGCUGUUCUGCAUCAGUGUCACCCGCUACAUGGCCAUUGCCCACCACCGCUUCUACGCCAAGCGCAUGACACUCUGGACAUGUGCAGCUGUCAUCUGCAUGGCCUGGACCCUGUCUGUGGCCAUGGCCUUCCCACCCGUCUUCGACGUGGGCACCUACAAGUUUAUCCGGGAGGAGGACCAGUGCAUCUUUGAGCAUCGCUACUUCAAGGCCAAUGACACACUCGGCUUCAUGCUUAUGUUGGCUGUGCUCAUGGCAGCCACACAUGCUGUCUAUGGCAAGCUUCUCCUCUUCGAGUAUCGUCACCGCAAGAUGAAGCCAGUGCAGAUGGUGCCAGCCAUCAGCCAGAACUGGACUUUCCAUGGCCCUGGGGCCACCGGCCAGGCUGCUGCCAACUGGAUCGCCGGCUUUGGCCGUGGGCCUAUGCCACCAACCCUGCUGGGUAUCCGGCAGAAUGGGCACGCAGCCAGCCGGCGGCUGCUGGGCAUGGACGAGGUCAAGGGUGAAAAGCAGCUGGGCCGCAUGUUCUACGCGAUCACACUGCUCUUCUUGCUCCUCUGGUCACCCUACAUUGUGGCCUGCUACUGGCGAGUGUUUGUGAAAGCCUGCGCCGUGCCCCAUCGCUACCUGGCCACCGCUGUUUGGAUGAGCUUCGCCCAGGCUGCCGUCAACCCGAUCGUCUGCUUCCUGCUCAACAAGGACCUCAAGAAGUGCCUGAGGACUCACGCCCCCUGCUGGGGCACAGGAGGUGCCCCGGCUCCCAGAGAACCCUACUGUGUCAUGUGAAGCAGGCUGGUAGGCAGACAGGCAGGGAAAAGGUCAUGGUCACCAUGAUGGGGCCAAAUGAAAGGGACAGAUGGGGCCCCUUAUGGGAGCCUUCCUUUCUGAGCUCCAGCCCCAGUCCCUCGAACCACCCGGAAUCCAGGCACCUUUGCCAACACCUCCCCAGGGUGGGGGACUGGGAAAGAGACAUUCCUAGUUUUGUGGGGCCUGUCUCCACCACCUCCUUCUCCACUUCUACAAUCUCAUUCUAUCUCUCUCUCUAUCUCUCUCUCUCUCUCAAGUGACAAUUCAGAAAAAGAAAACAAAACUGAAAAUGCAGGUUUUUAUACUAACAGCAGAGGAGACAGGCUUUCUUGCUUUAAGUGUCUCUCCUUCUGACGUUGUCCAGAAGGGGCAAAUUUGUCCUGUAAAAUAGAUUUCCAGAGCUCUAUUGCCUCCCCCCGCCCCCUGCUCCCAUGCACCCUUCCCUCCCAAGUCCUUUAGCAAGGCCUGGAUGUUGAGGGAGAAACUGAUCCAAGGCUGCUGAUAAGAGGGACCUAAGGGGGUGCUGGGUCCCCAGGGAGCAGGGAUGUUUAAUUGCUAUGUUGUGUGCAAUGUUGUUUUUGGCUAACCCUGGUACCAAGCCCCGUCUCCUCUCCCUCCCACAUCCCGUGUCCAGACCUCCAAAGUGUUUCUUCGACAUCUACUUAAGAAGCCAAGAGGGCAGGGAGAAGGGCCCCAGCAUGGGCCCAGGCUAGGUGAAGAGCAGGCUGUGAGCUGAACUCCUCAAGCUGAAGAGACCCAAGUUUGUCUGCAUUCUCUAGCACUGGAUCCCUGACCCUCCAACUCUUCUUCCUAAGGUUGAAAAAUCCACGACAGCCCCACAGGGGCUGAUGUGGGGGCCAUGCAGGCAGGAGCAGCUCUCCAGAGAAGUGUAGGAAUGGGAGCUGAACUCCCCAGAGGAGCUAGACCCUAGUGCCUGGAGUCAGAGUUGAAUGCAACCCCAGAUUGCUUCCCGGGUUCAUACUACUCUUCGGAAGAUGGAAAUCGGGGGGGGGGGUGUCCUUGGAAACCGAUAGUGGUACAGACUCCAAGGUGUUUGAGACUUGAAUCCAUUCCUGUUUGACUUCUUUUUGUUCCCCUCUAGCCUCAGGGGCCUCAAGCCCCUUCCUCCUCCUUGGUAGUCCCUGGCCUUCUGGGCCCUCAGCCCCACACAUCCUUCCUCCUAACAGUCCUUUCUCCCUUGCUCCCUUUGCUCUUGCCUACACCCCAAAUGGAGUAGACUGCAGCCAGAUUCCCCGGAGGGGGGAGGCACAAGACUCCCUCCCAGGGGCAAGGUUGACUUUGGGCUUACUGCAAGGCCAGUUCUGUGGACUGGUGGGCCAAGCCGCCACUCUUUUGCCUGGGCUUGCCCAGACUCUGUGCCCCCUCUCAUUUCCUGAGGGAGAUGGGUGAGGAUGUGUAUUUAUCCACCCCUCUCUUUUUCCUUCCUAUUGAAGUCCCUGUUCUGAGCUCCCUCCCUACCCCAAGACAGCCCCCAGAAGUGGGGAAGCCUUGACCUAAAAGGAAUGAGGAGGGCCCUCUAGGCAGGAGAGACAUUAAUGAGCCUGUCUGUGGAGUGGCCCUGGAAAGGCAGGCCAGAGUGGCUGGGAGGCCAGGAGUGGGGGUACCUGUUCUCUCAGUGAUAGUGAUGGGGGUGCCUUUCCAAGGGGGUGGGGUGGGAAGACCAAGGGGGUGGGGGGUAGAUAGGGUACACUCGGGAGGGUUUUCCUCCAUUUCUUUUUUCUAACUGCCUGGAUUCACCAUUGGAUUUUGUAAAUGGAAAAACUGAAAUGAACAAUGCUAUAUUGGAUGUUUUCUCUUUCUGACUGUGUAUUGUGUGUCUGUGUAUCUGUGUGUGUGUCUGCGUCCGUGUGUUGUGUGUCCUGUCUGCGUGAUCACAUGUGGGAAGAUGUGAUUGAGUGAGAUAGUGUGUGUCUGUGUGACUUUGUGUGGAGAAGCACCCCUGAGGAAAUCUUGCUUGGUACACACAUGUGAGCAAAUGCCCAUAUGUGGAGACAUAUACAGCAUACACACACGUACACACACACAUACACUCUUAGUUGAGAGGAGACACACUAGAGUAUUUGCCUGCAGCAGGAAACAGUGGUCUGGAAAUGGAACUUGGAAACUGUACAUAUGUAUGUUAACAAGAGGGUACACUCCCAUCCCAUAAGAUUGUCCACCACUGGCCCCCAGACUCCGAGCAGGGAGGGGAGCAGGGCACUUGAGAACCUCACCUCUUCCCGAAGCCUGGAGCCCCAGGUAUCACUCCCAGCCCUGUCUUAGUCUCCUCCCCAAACUCAAACGAGUUGUUCCUGAAAUUGGACCACCAUGGAGAAUGCAGACUGAGAAUUGGGAAUCUAACUUGAGAGGAGCUCAAAGGUUUAGGAAACACCCCCCCCCCAUACACACACACGCACACACACACAAAGUAGUGGCUUCUGGAGGAACUGCUCAGACUGGGAUGGGAGCCCUUCCUAAGGGGAUACUUUGGUCAGCUUUGAUUCAAUUCAGAGGGAGGGAUGUCACGGGGAGGGGGAGGAUCCAAGCCUGGGAGUCUACCCAGCCGGGCUGCUCCCUGGGCACUCAAUUAAUUUACUAUCUAUUUAUUUGCUUAUUCCCUCAGGUGCACAGAAUUGAGUUGACCAUACUCCUCAGUUCUUGGCACAGUAUAUCAUCACUGGUUCAUGCAAGGUCCUUUUAUUCUUGAUUUUAUUUUUUGUCCCCUUUCAUCGCCCAUCCCGGAUCCCAUUCUCCCCCCACCAACAUAGGCACUCACUCUCGUGUAUUUAAUGUAUGUCCUUCCAAUCCACCAUUCAUGUGUUUAUUUACAUAUGUAUAUCUGUGAAAAGUAUAUGGUAUUGUUGUGUGUUUUAAUUUACAUAAACAGUAUUGUACUAUAAA